AUAUUUAUAGGGUAUCCGGCUUGCUGCAAUAACUGUAUCCCCCACAGUCUCUCAAAGAUGCAUCUCAGACUGUGGUUCAGGCAAGGCUGACUCACCUAGCAGUAAGAGAAACAUAGCAGAAACGCUUGUCCACCAGAGCUGGUGAACAGGGAUGACCUGAGGACCUAGGCUCAAUUUUUAGGGGUGGCUCAAACUGAACAAGCUGUGGUCGUGAGUCUCAUUGUCAUGUGAAGGAGUGAAAGAAUUUGCUUAGUAACUUUAACACGGAAAAACAGGGUCUUGUUAGACCUUCCAUCUGUAACACAGUUAUCUGCAGAAGUGCUCUAUGAGAAUUUACGUUCAGUACAGGUACUCAAGUUCUGUAUAGCUAAUUCAAAACCUAGCUCCUUGCUUGAAAAAUGAUGUGUAUAGGAGACUUGUAAAAAUCUCUGUCUCCUAAGAGGAGGAAAAUACUGUGAAGUAUUUCAUUAUCUUUCUAGUAACAAAUACUGCAGUUGUCCAAACCUAGUUGGAGGUAAAGUUUUUUUUCUUUUGAUUUUUUUGAAACAGCUAUGCAUUGCCAGUGAAACUCCUAUAUAGAAGUGAUGCCUUUUGUUUGUAGAAUGCUCUGUCUUCGUUACAGUACCCAAAGGAAACUUGGGGUGUCCGUGGAGCUUGGAGAUGUUGCGGAGCUAGACUAUGGCCAAGCAGGGGAAAAAGCUUAUGCUUGAGCCCUUUUGAACAGCUUUUUAAAAAAAUGGAAGUGCAGCAAAUAUCUGGGAAUACUACAACGGGUCUUCUGAAAGGCUCUAAGAAGCUUCUGGUAGAACCUCCUAGGAUAAGUUCUCCACAGCUUUAGUAAAAACCUGUAGUAGAAAUGAGCUGAGUGAGUACAUGAAGAAGUAUACAGCCAUAGCGUGUAUGGGAUAAUAAUGGACGGGGUGAUGACCAGUGAGACAUCGUCUGCAAAAGCAGAAGCUGAGGAGAUUCAAGGCCAUGUGAUACCAGAUUAGGUCCUGCGUGACGUGUUACUAGGGGAAAUAGCUGAGCCACCAGAAAAGUCACAGCCAGAUCUUUCCAUAUCCGUGCAAAUAGAGCUGAUGCCAAAAGGUGAUCAGAAGAUGAAGGAACCUCAAGAAACUUGCCCCCUACCAAAGUCAAGUCCUUUAAAUAAGUGAGUUUAAGAAAUACUUGCUGGAAACCUUAACAAUGGAAUUCGGUAUGUAAAUUAGUGCUCUGUUUUCUGUCACAUCAAGAAGUUAUCGCUGACAGGAUGCCUCGCUGGAAGUGAAAUCUCAACACUAGUGCAGGGACCGUCCGUGGUGCAUUUACACAUGCCCAGUUUCUACUACGAAUGACUAUCAGUACUCCUACGUAUCAAUUGAAGAGAUUACUAGUCCUGUUACGGCUUUUUCAGAACUGCUGGCUGCAAUUUGCCCAACAGAUACGAGCACAAUUUACUCUGGGCUUGCAUAGCACUUAACACGCACUUCCAUGGCGGAUGCCCAAAUUAUUCUUUGCUGCUUCGUGACUGAUUGUUAUGCCUGGGAAAAUGAACUGCAUGUUACUAAUUCAUGUGCAGCUGUGCAGUAACUUGGACCAUCUCUUGGACUGAUUCCCCUGGAAAACACUUUUUUUCUUAAGGAAGGGUUAGUUUUCUGCUGAAUCGAUGAGCCAGCCUGACUGUUCCAUGGGCACACAACUGCCUAGGCCAACAGGAAGGAAUUAGUGCAAACUACUGUUUUGUGACCGCGUGGGGUUGGAUCUGUGAGCUUUGAUUUCAGUCUCUGAUAUGAAAGAAUCACCGCUCUCUACACACCUCUGAAAUAAUUAGUUUUCCAGCUUCCUCACAAGCCAAGGAUGACCAGGAGCAUUUGAAUAAAAGAGAUCUGUCAAAAAACAGACCCCCUGUACCCUCCAGGUACUUCUGAUUGUUCCUGAGUAUCAGAGGAGUUAAGCCUGCUCCUCUGGAAACUGCUUUGCAUCACUUAUUUUGAAUAUGAGGCCAUGUCCGUAAAACAAGAUGGAGCAAAAAUGAAACUAUGGAGACCUCAUCAGUGCAAGAUAGUACUCAUCAGCCGGAGACAAACCAUGUACUUUCUGCUCAGAAGAAUCCCAGGAAAAAAAAGGGAUUACCUGAAAAUACAAAUGCAAGAAAGCUGCAGACUUCCUUUCCUCCUAUUCACUUCAGUCUCAGUCCCCCCACAAAAGCUACAGAUAAAAGCUGCAAAGACCAUGUGUCAAUCUUAAAUGUUCCCAGAGAAGAAAGGGGGCAGAAGAUCAAUCUACCUCAGGUGGAUAAACCACUGGAGAAAGUAUCAGGACUCAUCCAAGCCAUUGCUGCGGUGGAUAAAAGUAAAGUAACAACUGCUCACACUCCAUUUCUUAGUGCUCACUCGAACAGUUUGAAUGUGCCUUUUGAUGGUGCUAGAGAGAAUAAACUGGAAAACAAAUCCAAGUUAGAGUUACUCAUUUCAAAGAUCCCCUCAGAAGGAUUCACAGCUGAAGCACCCCAGGGUCCAGACUGUCCAAACUGCAAAAGGGAAAGAAGGAUCCGGAAGGAGUAUGACAAAUGCAUUUUGCAGUCAAAAAGAGACAAGGAGGCCUUGCAAGAAAGGAUCACGGAACUGGAAGCUGAACUGAAAAAACAUGCGGAACGUAACAAGCUACUUCAAGGCCGAGAGAAUGAAUUCGUCUGUUUUUCUCAGGACAGCUCAUUAAUUGAAAGAGAGGAGUCAAGAGCCCAGCUGGAAGGAACUUGGAAUGGGGAGGAGGCACAGACUCAGAGGACCAACGUGAAGCAAAGCAAGCUGUUUCUUGAAAUAGGAGAGUUAAAAUCCCAGCUCAAAAGGACAAAGAAAGGAGAAAAGGAAAAACUCUUCAUUCUGGAAAAUGAGAAGGAUGCCUGCCUGAAGGAAAUAGCAGAGCUGAAGGCCUGUGUUAAACGGAUAAGAGCAGAGAACAGUUCACUUCUGGAGAAGACAGAAGAACUGCAGAAAGCCCUUGAGAAAGGGUCUUCUGCACGCAGCUUGGCCUCAGCUGUUCAGGGGAAUGCAGAGAUGUUAACAACUUUGCAGCACAGCCCACUGGAUGUUGGGGCAGGCCUUCCUCGUUGCUUGACGAGCCAGGAUGAUGCUCUUGGCAAUUCCGGUACCUUCAGAAAUAGAGGUGUUAUUGGGCUGAGCUCAGCAGAGCAGAGCUUAAUCAGAAUGAAAGAAACAUAUAAACUGCUGAAAAAAGAACGUAACCUCCUGCUUGAUGUUAUGCUAAUCGUGUACACAAGAAGAUGGUUUCUAGAAGAAGCGGUGCCGUAUAUACGAAGAACACUUGAGAAAUGCAGGGUAAAUUUGGAAGACAGAAACUGAAAGAUGGAAACACCCCCUGAAGAAGGGAUGUUAUCUGGCCAAACCACAAGACAUUGUGUCCACAGUAGUAUCUCUUCUUGUUCCCACAGCAGGGUUGGAGUCCAGCUGGGCCGGAGUCCAGCUGGGUCUUGUGCUUUUGGAGUCUGGUGUCCAAAGCUGGAUGCUUUGUUUUUGGAACAAGUGUUCAGGCAGCACUUGUAUAUGAGCUUUUUCUUUUGUUACUAACGUGCCUAUCUGAAAAUGAUGCCCACUAGGUUGCAUUGCACGCAGAAAAAGGCAUGAUGUCUAGAACUGCUGAUUUCUUACAUUAACACAUCCAAAUUAAGUAUGUAUAUAUCUACCAUUUGUUAAUAUUUUAACAUUUUAGGAUGACAUUUGGUGUAAGCAGAAUGGGCACACAGGGCACAGCCUCUGGCUCUAAUUCAAAAUAAUUUUUAUUUCUCUGGCUGUGGCCCUUGCACUGCUAGGGCUUUACUUGGCAGUGGUACUCCUUUUCCCAUAGUUUGCUACUGCUGAAAACAUAACCUUUCUGAUGACUCUGGUCAUUAGUAAAUGCAGCUGGCUUAUUGCAGUCCAGAUCCUAUGACCUCAUGACAACUGUCGGCCUGGGACUCAUCAGAUAGUGGAGCCCUCCCAUAGCAACUGCACUGCCUGUGAACACUAAACUUCCAAAAUCUGCAUCCUUUUCCUGCAAACAAUGUAUGCGUGCAAGCUAGUGCCUUGCAGUCAAGGGAUAAUGCUGACCCUUCAGACUGCCUGUAGCAUCAACCUGCUCCAGCACGGCGGACAUGCUGAAGUUACAGUUUUAUCUUAGCCUGAAUCUGUGGCAGAUGUGAGAGCAGAUGCACAGAAGUAGAUUUAGAAUAGAAUUUUUAAGUAAGGCUGUUGCUCAUGUUCAAUAAUAUGAGAAUCAUUUAGAAACCCAAAACAGGAUUUAUGGUGUUUGAAAAUUCACAAGUACCUUUCUUCCAACCCUGCUGGAAAUAUUUUGCCUGGCACAUCCUUAGAUCACAUUGUGUUUUUCAUGAUCACAGUUCGUGAUCCAAUUAUCCUUUGUUCAACAAGUCAUCUGGGUCUUUCUCCUUACAGUUUUAGAUGAUGAAUUCCCAUUUUUAAAAAAUGUUAUUCUUGCAUAGUAUUACACUUUGCAGGCUGUACUGUUAAAUUAUUAUUUCAAAGUCAUCUUUUUCUUCCCACAUGGUGUAUUUAAUACUUUUUUGGAUACGUCUCGUUUUCUUUGCAAAUUUUUGGAUCAUGUUUCUACUUUUGUGCUUUGGCCAUUAAUUAACAUAUUGAAGUCAGAAGAUUAAAUAAUCUGUGAGAAACUUGCCCAUUAAUCUCCCUCCUUCUAAAUAGCUUCCCUGAAAGCGUAACUCAUCAUUCCUGUUCUAAUGAGCUUCCCUUAAAAUGCUUCUAACCAAACCAUCUUUUGUGAUUCAAAUUACUUGUUUCUCCGUGUUAGUUGCAUCCGGUAGGUUUCAGUUCUGACAGAAGAGUACUACAUAUUCUAGUCUCCUCUCCUUUGGUAUUGCUCUGCAUCUUGGUAAUUUACCAAAGCCUUUCAAGUAUAUUUGGAUUUUCAUGUUGGGAUUAUUGCAUUUUUUUUUUUUUCCUUCCUUAAAUACAGUCACCUUCAUUUCAGUGCCAUCAUCCUAUUACCUUCUUGCUGCUUUGUCUAUAUUUUAAAUCAUCCUGCCGACCAAAAAGAAGGUCAAAUAAUUACUUUAGUUUUCAGGCCAGUCUACCCUUCAUCUCAUGGGAACAUGGUGUCCACAUGCUCUAACAAUGGUGUUGAGUCUUCUUUGUUAUAUCACCUUUAUCUAUGUGUUCAUUAAUUCUGUCCCUUACUAAGGUAAUACAGUAAAAACUCAGUGGUAAAGUCGAUCUGAAUUCUACAUAAGUCCUCGACUCCUCACUCAAGACUCCUUUUUUUUUAAAAAAAAAAAAAAAAAAAAAAGGUAUCCUCGUAUUUGCUGCCUUCUAUUCUUCUAGUACAAAGGUGGUUUUUUUUUUAGUAAUGGUUAUUACUCCCUACCUUUAAAGGUUCAGCAAUUAUAUAUUGUACUCUUUUAGAGCACCUGCUUGAGUGCUAUCUGAUCUUAAUGCAUUUGAAAACCCUUCAAAUAAUCUCUGUGAGAGAAAACAAAAUCCAGAGCUCCUCUGCCUUCUUUCAAAAAAGCAGGUUCACUAAAGAGACAAAUAUCAAUUAUAGAUGACUAUGAAUGCAAUAACACACUGUCAGUACUCUCAACUUCUAAAGAGUUGUACAAUCGCAAGCAAACUAAACAUGAGGUUAUAUGGUGGGGUUAUCUGGUAUAACUAGAGAUUGUAAAUGGUGAUUUUCAGUGUGGAGUAAUGAUUAAUAUUUUCCUGUAUGAUACAUAUACAAGGGAUAUUUUAUUUAAAUACAAAAUUAAAAAUUAAAACUAGUAUUAAUAAUUCCACAGAAUAACUAAAAUAUGAUAAAAAUAACUUCAAAAAUAACUAAAAAUAUGAUAAACUUCCAAGCAUUGGUACACAAUUCCUCAAAGUUAGGAGGAACAUGAAUAGUAACAGAUUGAGUUGGUACUCUUGCAUACAAUGUGGAAGGAGAUUUUAAAAAAAAUCCUUUAUUGUUAUUCAUUUCAGAUGUCUUUGCAAACUUGCUAGUUUUAACAUAUACAGUGUUUUCUAGUAUUCACUGAAUGUGUUUUGAGUCCCUGCGCCAUGUAAUAUUUUACCCUGUUCUCUACUAAGCUCAAAAGACUUGUUUGAAAUCCUUAGCAGAGAUCCCUUACUAUGUAGAUACCUUUUAUUUUCUCUCCUAAUAUUCGAUAUGACAUGGUUAGAAGGAAAGGGGCAAGAAUAGGGCCAAAAAAGCCUCCGUGUGCACUUUUGGUUGUGUAGUAGCUGCAGUUCUGAGUAGCAAGUAUGUGAGGAAAAGUAAAAGUCUUCCUUUCCAUGCUUUCCAUAUAUAUGCAAAAAACUACAGUUGCUGGUUGUUUUUUAUCCUGAUGUAAUAAUUUCCUCUUUUUAUAGUAUGUUUACUGUCUCAGUAAAGAAAUUUGAAGAUUAA